AUGCCCUCCAGAAACCCCAGCAGCUCCAGCUCAACGGCAUCUCUUCCGGCAACGGUAGGCCCCGAUUCCCCUGAGGAGAGUUUCUAUGCUGAGGAUUCGGUCUCGACAGGUGUCUGGGCGCCUGGGUUUUCGCACAUCGAUGGCCGCUUCUACAUCACCUCGAUGACGCGCUGGGGCGAUGAUCCCGAUAACCGCACCUGGCCGCGUAUCUGGUGGACGUCCUCUGAGGAUCUCGAGACGUGGACGGACCUCGUUUGGGCGGAACCGUACGGCAUUGACCCGGAGCUGUUUCGUGACCCCGACUCUGGAAAAACGUACCUGCUCCUCAUGGGCCCGAAUAACAACUACGACCGCGUAUGGGGCAUCACCCAGUGUGAGGUUGACCUUCGAUCCGGCAAGUGUACCGGCCCAUACUUCAACACAUGGAAUGGCACGUUGCCGCAUGAUGCAAAAUCGCGGCCAGAAGGCCCCAAAAUGUUCAAGCGCGAGGGGUGGUACUACUUACUGCUCGCCGAAGGUGGGACAAGUACCGGACACCGGGCGACCAUCGGCAGGUCGAAAAGUCCAGAGGGGCCGUGGGAGGCAGCGCCAAAUAACCCCCUGAUCUACAACGGAGCAGACCAGGCAUUGACUAUUCAGUCCACGGGACAUGCGACCUUUACUGAGACGCCCGGUGGUGCGUGGUUUGCUUCCCUCCUCGCGAGGCGCAACGUCAAAGGUGCCUCGCCGCUAGGGCGUGAGGCCUUUCUUGUCAAUGUAACAUGGGCCGAUGGAUGGCCUACCAUGAACGGCGGGCGGUACCUUGUGCCAAGCCAGUUCACCGAGGGGGACGUUGUUCGGAAGCCUUGGGUCGACAACUUUGAGGGCGCAAAGCUCGACCUCAGCUGGUACCAGGUCCGAACACCAUAUGCAGAGAACUAUCGUCUCCUCGGCGACGCGGGCAACAGCACUUCUGGAAAGAUGACGGGCGGCCUCGUUCUCAACCCAAACGUCUUCACCCUCAGCGACCGGGAUGUCCCCGCAGCAAUCUUCCACAAGCAAACGUCCUUGAACAUGACGUUUUCGGCGACACUGCUGCCUACUGCGGGCGUUCUCGGACCACGACAGCAGGUGGGUAUCUCGGCAUAUCUGAGUGAUGUGUCGCACCAGGACAUUGGAGUUCGUGGUUGCUGGAACGCAACAGGGCUUUGUGUUUACACGGAUAUGCUGCCAAAGUCCGCAGGCCCAUCGACAAGGCCCGUGGCAAGUCACCACCCAGUUGGGAAAGCCGAUCUCGUAUUGCACAUCGACGCCAGCCCCUUGGUCUAUUACCUCGGGUACGCACGCGGUAGCAGUGAAACCACUUGGUUGAAGCAAUUUGAGACCAGGCAAAUGGCCAACGGCCAGGGUUACUCGGUUUUCGAGGGUGCCAUGUUUGCGCUGUUUGCCAGCGGCGCUGGCGAGCCUUGGCCCUUUGACGCGCCGGAUGUGGGUUUCGGCAGCGUUGGGGAGGUCUUUCGUCAAGAAAACAUCCCGGACUUUGACGACUGGAGUGGAUAG